AUGUUUCGUCUUUCGAAUUAUCUUCGUCUCUCUGUGUUAACAGUCCUCUUUUCAUUUGCGUUCGAUUUCUUCUUUCUUUCUUUCUUUCUUUUUUUUUCUUCAUAUUUCUGUUAUGUUUGCCUACACUUUCUUAAUGUCAUUCACACUCACUCUCUUUCAAUUAAUUUUGCCUUUCUCGCUUUCUUUCUUUCUUUCUUCUUUCUUUCUUUCUUUCUUUCUUUUUUUCUUUCUUUCUUUCUUUCUUUUUUCUUUCUUUCUUCUUUCUUUCUUUCUUUCUUUCUUCUUUUUUUCUUUUUUCUUUCUUUCUUUCUUUCUUUCUUUCUUUCUUUCUUUCUCACACGAACGCGCAAAAACUCUUUCAGAAUUUCUUUUUCUUUCUUUCCUUCUGUCUUUCACAUUUUUCAUACAGUUUCUUUUACUUUCCUUCUAUUUUCCCUCAGAAACCUUCAUUUCCUUAUAAACAUUCACAAUUUUUCUUUAUUUAUGUUUUUCAAACUCAUGCUUUCUUUAUUCUUUCUGUUUUUCACAUACAUUCACACACUUUCUAACAAACGCUGUUUCUUUCUUUGCUUCUCUUUUUCAGACGUGCACUCUUUGACUUCACCUUUUACACCUAUGCAUACUCUUUCUUUCUUUCUUUCUUUCUUUCUUUCUUUCUCUCUCUUUUCUUCUUCCUAUCGCUCACUAUCAUUUUCUUUAACAUUGUGUUUUUUUUCAUUUCUCUGUCUUUCCAUUUCUCAACCGUGCGCUCCGUUUUACUUCUUUUACAACGUUCAGUUUCAACAUUUUCAAUAUCUCUCAUUAUCUUACCUUUUUUUUCCAUGCCUUGUGCCAAACACUUUCUUUCUGUUUCUCUGUCUCCCUGUCACAAAAGUAGGCAUUUUUCUUUUCUCUUUCCUUCUUCCUUGUGAGUACUCGAAGCUAUUAUUGAAUUUUCUUUCGCCAGAGAAAGGUAAUGUGAGCCAUUUUUAUACGAAUAUUGAGUUACUGAACCUGCGCCGAAAGUCACAAGUUCAGUAA